GGUAAUUGGUACCUUGCGCUACGCAUCAUCUGCUCGCAGCCCCCAGACCCGCAGCCUCUGGACCGCGCAGCCGCGCCGACCCCCACCGGCCGGGAUGAGUCAGCUGAGGCUGCUGCCAUCCUGGCUUGGGACACAGGCUUCGAGGCUCCUGGCCCCACAUGGAGUCCAGAGGUUCAGCUGGUGCAGCAGGUCGUCUGGGCCACCAGCUUCCUUCGCAAGCAGCAGAGUUGGAGGUGGUUCCAGUUACAUGGAGGAGAUGUACUUCGCCUGGUUGGAAAACCCCCAGAGUGUCCACAAGUCCUGGGACAGCUUCUUCCGGAAAGCCAGUGAAGAAGCCUCUUACAGCCUGGCUCAGCCCCGGCCCCUUUCUGUCAUCUCUGAAAGCAGGCCGGCAGUACCCAGCCGGACCAAGACCAGUAAACUGGUGGAAGAUCACCUGGCCGUGCAGUCCCUGAUCCGGGCCUACCAGAUCCGGGGCCACCAUGUGGCCCAGCUGGACCCCCUGGGCAUUCUGGAUGCAGACCUGGACUCCUUUGUGCCCUCAGACUUAAUCACCACCAUCGAUAAACUGGCCUUCUACGACCUGCGGGAGGCUGACCUGGAUAAGGAGUUCCAGCUGCCCACAACCACUUUUAUUGGAGGCUCCGAAAAUACCCUUUCUCUGCGGGAGAUCAUAAGGCGCCUGGAGAGCACAUACUGCCAGCACAUCGGUCUGGAGUUCAUGUUCAUCAAUGACGUGGAGCAAUGCCAGUGGAUCCGGCAGAAGUUCGAGACCCCGGGCGUGAUGCAGUUCUCCAGCGAGGAGAAGCGGACCCUGCUGGCCCGGCUGGUGCGCUCCAUGAGGUUUGAAGACUUCCUGGCCAGGAAGUGGUCUUCAGAGAAGCGGUUUGGCCUGGAGGGCUGUGAGGUCAUGAUUCCUGCCCUGAAGACCAUCAUCGACAAAUCCAGUGAGAUGGGGAUCGAGAAUGUCAUCCUGGGGAUGCCACACAGGGGAAGGCUGAAUGUGCUGGCCAAUGUUAUUCGCAAGGACCUGGAGCAGAUCUUCUGUCAGUUUGAUCCCAAGCUGGAGGCGGCGGAUGAGGGUUCUGGAGAUGUCAAAUAUCACCUCGGCAUGUACCACGAGCGGAUCAAUCGAGUCACGAACAGGAACAUCACUCUGUCGCUCGUGGCCAACCCCUCCCACCUGGAAGCUGUGGACCCCGUGGUGCAGGGGAAGACGAAGGCGGAGCAGUUCUACCGCGGGGAUGCCCAGGGCAAGAAGGUCAUGUCCAUCCUGGUCCAUGGGGAUGCUGCCUUUGCUGGCCAGGGUGUGGUCUAUGAGACCUUCCACCUGAGCGAUCUGCCCUCUUACACCACCAAUGGUACCGUACAUGUUGUCGUCAACAACCAGAUUGGCUUCACCACGGACCCCCGGAUGGCCCGCUCCUCUCCGUACCCCACUGAUGUGGCCCGUGUGGUCAAUGCACCCAUCUUCCACGUGAACGCAGACGACCCAGAGGCUGUGAUAUACGUGUGCAGCGUGGCAGCCGAGUGGAGGAACACCUUCAAUAAAGACGUCGUGGUAGACCUGGUCUGUUACCGCCGGCGUGGCCACAACGAGAUGGAUGAACCCAUGUUCACGCAGCCUCUCAUGUAUAAGCAGAUCCACAGACAGGUGCCUGUGCUGAAGAAGUAUGCAGACAAGCUCAUCGCCGAGGGCACAGUCACACUGCAGGAAUUUGAGGAAGAAAUCGCCAAAUAUGAUCGGAUCUGUGAGGAGGCGUAUGGCAGGUCCAAGGAUAAAAAAAUCCUGCAUAUAAAACACUGGCUGGACUCUCCCUGGCCUGGCUUCUUCAACAUGGAUGGGGAGCCCAAGAGCAUGACGUGCCCAGCCACAGGUGUUCCCGAGGACACGUUGACCCACAUUGGUGAAGUGGCCAGCUCUGUGCCCCUGGAGGACUUUAAGAUCCACAUGGGCCUCUCUCGAAUCCUGCGCGGCCGUGCAGACAUGACCAGGAAGAGGACGGUGGACUGGGCGCUGGCAGAGUACAUGGCCUUCGGUUCCCUGCUCAAGGAGGGCAUCCAUGUGCGGCUCAGUGGGCAGGACGUGGAGAGGGGCACGUUCAGCUUAGAGUUCAGAGGAGGACUUUACACUUGUUGGCCGUCCCCAUCACAUUUCCUCCAUUUGGGACUCCAGAUGUUUGGGACCCCAGAUGUUUGGGAUCUCAACUCAGUCUCUGCCAUUCACCGGCACCAUGUUCUCCAUGAUCAGGAAGUUGACCGGAGGACGUGUGUCCCGAUGAACCACCUGUGGCCUGAUCAGGCCCCCUACACCGUGUGCAACAGUUCCCUCUCGGAGUAUGGAGUCCUGGGUUUCGAGCUGGGCUACGCCAUGGCCAGCCCCAAUGCCCUGGUCCUCUGGGAGGCUCAGUUUGGUGACUUCCACAACACGGCCCAGUGCAUCAUCGACCAGUUCAUUAGCACGGGUCAGGCCAAGUGGGUCCGACACAACGGCAUCGUGCUGCUGCUGCCCCAUGGCAUGGAGGGCAUGGGCCCAGAGCACUCUUCAGCCAGGCCUGAGAGGUUCCUGCAGAUGAGCAAUGAUGACUCAGAUGCCUACCCUGCAUUCACCCAGGACUUUGAGGUGAGACAGCUCUACGACUGCAACUGGAUCGUGGUUAACUGCUCCACGCCGGCCAGUUACUUCCACGUGCUGCGCCGGCAGAUCCUGCUGCCCUUCCGCAAGCCGCUGAUCAUCUUCACACCCAAAUCUCUGCUGAGGCACCCAGAAGCCAAGUCCAGCUUUGACCAAAUGGUAUCUGGAACCAGUUUCCAGCGGGUGAUUCCUGAGGAUGGGGCUGCGGCGCAGGCUCCUGGGCAGGUGCGGCGGCUCAUCUUCUGCACGGGCAAGGUGUACUAUGACCUGGUGAAGGAGCGGAGUAGCCAGGGCCUGGAUGAGCAUGUGGCCAUCACACGCCUCGAGCAGAUCUCUCCGUUUCCUUUCGACCUGAUCAAGCGAGAGGCAGAGAAGUACCCAGGCGUAGAGCUGGUGUGGUGUCAAGAGGAGCACAAGAACAUGGGCUACUACGACUACAUCAGCCCACGCUUCAUGACCAUCCUGGGCCGGGCGCGGCCCAUAUGGUAUGUUGGCCGGGACCCAGCAGCUGCACCAGCCACAGGGAACAGGAACACUCACCUGGUGUCUCUGAAGAAGUUUCUGGAUACUGCCUUCAAUCUCCAGGCCUUUGAGGGCAAAACAUUUUAGAGCCUGUCUGAGUCUUGCUGUGGGGUUACCUGGGGACAUGGGGGAUAUUAGGGGUUGGCUGGCUCUGCUGCCCAGGAGAGAGACUGUCAGGAGCCCCAAGAUAAAACCUACCCAUAUGGUAAUUGAGGCCGAAAUAUAGGUACCACCAGCUUUGGUAUUAAGCCAUCUUGGGCCUUUGUGUUUAUUUCAGAAUCUCUUAGGGCUGAGAAAGCCGGAGGUGUCUGAUAGAUGGGCUAUAGCUGUGGAGUGUUUCUCCAGCUGCCCUGGUCUCCAGGGUUUUGUGUGGCUUCUCUGUCUGUGUCAUUCACGUCUCUGCAGACAGCCAGCCAGCUACCGAGGAGCCCAUGUCUUUGGUUUCUCUCCAGCCCAGCAGACUUGGCUGUUGCUCACCCUGUCCUUGUUCAUCUGUAGAUUCAAGCACUGUUCUCCGUUGUGCUCUUAGAAAUAGAGAUUUUAGCAAUGACAGCCAGGUGAAGCCAAACCAUGCCGGGUGAU